AGCAGCGUCAGCAGCGUCACUCAAUCAGGAAGCGUCUUUUUUUAAUUUAUCGGACAAUGAUGGCUCCUUCCCCACGGCCCCGUCGUCUUCCUCUGCGCGGUCCAGUCGACGUCGGAGGGUCGAGUGUGUGUCUGCCGUCGCUCUGAAGUUAAUCCGUGUUGCUUCCCUCAGGCUCUGCUGCUCACCCACAAUGCAUUGCCAGAGGCUUCUGUGUGUCUUGGCCAGACUGAAGUAACCGUCACCACCAACACUCCACCAACACUCCAUCUUGAGCACAGCGGCGUACUGUAGCAGGAAGGUCCUGUCCUGGUUGGUCCUGAUCGUUAUCUCACUGAAGUCAUGUCUGGUUCAGGCGACUUACCUGCCAUCGAGGGCCCCGGGAUGGGCGGGAUGAGGCUUCCCAUCGGGAUGACCCGACGGGCCCUCAGCUACGACGACAACCUGGAGGCCCCCAUGUCCACGCCCCCUCAUGACAUCAGCAUCAACAACCUGUGGAGACGACCAAUCAUACCAGAGAGGAAGUUCACACAACUGGCUGAGGAGGAUGAGAGUGGAGGAGCAGCGAAACAGUCCACGUUGGCGGACAUCGCCCCCUCCAGGUCAUCAGGCGUAGUGAAAACCAAGGCGUCCUCCAUCAUCAUGAACUCCCUCAUCACCAAGCAGACUCAGGACAGUAUGUACAGGUUCGAGCAGAGAGCGGGUCUCACCGACACCAGCUACACGCCCCACAAAGGCCUCACCGCCGAGGAGACCAGACACCAUCACCGCAUGCCCGAGUCGCUCCAGAAACUCCAGAUCCAGAGCAUGGAGGCCAGAGAGGAGCGGCAGAACUCCUCGGCCCAGUCCACUCCAUCCAACACACCACACAGCUCCCCCAAACAACAACGCAGGACCUGGUUCGGUAGCUCGGGGUCAGAGGUCAGCAUCAGUUCCUCCAACAGCAGCGUGGACAUGGGCGGAGAGACGGCAGCAGGAGGCGCGGUGGAAAAGUGGAGCGUGUUCACACCUCGGCCGCUCAUCCAUAAGUCGACCUCUGACCUGGGAUCAGACCCUGCAACAGCAGGCUUUGCUCUGCAGGCGUACCGCGGCGCCCAGAAGCCGACGCCCAUGGCGGUGAUGAAGUCGCAGGGCACACGGCUGGCGGACGGCACCGCGGCUCAGAGGGUGGCCCCGCCCCAAAUGGAGAUCCCCACGAUGGAGGGUCGGCGGCAGGGGGCGCGGCCUCACAAGCUCAAACCCAGAGACAUGAACAUCCUGACGCCCUCGGGCUUCUGAGGGGAGGCGUGGCCUCUGUCGCGGCCGCCGAAGGUCCCACGACAUGAAAAGCGUGUCACCGUGUUGUUACCAGGUAUCAUCACCGUGACCGUCACGCAAUCUGUCGUCACGUAUAAAUUCAUUUUAAAUGAAAAACCAUUUAGUCUUCAGUUCCUGUCAAACGAUAUCCUGUACCCAGGGCGAUAUUUCAUCACAGAUCAAGCGUUAAGAGUAUAAAUACUACUGAUCCGCCGUCGCCCUCGAAGUAUAAAUCUGAUUUAUUACGACCAAGCAGUUUGUUUUUGUACUUUGUUUUUUCUACAUCAUUCCUGACAGGUGUUCUGAUAAUAUCACCAGGUGAACCACUGAGGUCUGAGAACGCAGUGACGUCACUAAAGAAGGAAAACAAACAAGCGAUUAGCUUCAUCAUCUACUGUCACUAUUGUGAGUGUAAUAUUGUAGUGUAAUAAUCGCGGGUGAAGUCGGUGCGUUCACUUUCAGUUUGAGCGAUCGUCUUGUCGUCGUGUCACCGUCACGCAAGUUCCCAGAUCUAAAAAAAAUAACUUUGUCGUCUUAAAAAAAACACAGAGCUGCCUGUCACUAGGCAGCACUCACAGAAGGUUUUAAUUGAAUGUGUCGGUUUACAGCAACAUUUACAACGAUAUUAUUUGUGCGCUUGUCGACGGACAAAGAUUGAAGCAUGAAGACAUCAACCUUCUUCACAAACAGUUAGUUCGCAGCUUCCUUCAGCCUCAACCUUUCACCCGCUGUUGGCUCCUUUAUUUCUUUUUUGAUGUGCUUUAAUUUGAAAAUUUAAGAAUUAUUUCAUGGGACCUUCGACAGCAGCUCCAACAUUCAGACAAACACACAAAACAAAGCAAAAAGAAAUAAAAAGCUCCCAUCUGCUUUCACGUGUACAUUGCGAGCUGCUUCGCUGUAAAAUCAAACAUGUCUCUUUUCCUUCACUCUCCAACUGCAGCAUGAAUCUAACCCCCCCUCAGAUUUAUUUAUUUUUUAUUGGUCAAGCUGAAGUUGAAGAUGACGAUGGUGGUUUAAAAUCCCCUGUAGAUGCACUUUACCCCCCGCCUCUCCGCAGAGAGUUUCCUGACACUGGCUCCACCUCUAUCCGAAGCCCCGCCCCCCAUCAUGCGUUACUCUGCAAACAUGUUACUGACGAUUAUCUUAACGUUUUAUCUCUGUCUCUAAAACGUCUCUGACGUAUUCUCAAAGGGGCAUUUCACUAAGCAGGGACGAGAGAAUAAAUCAAACCGAUUCCUUCAGUUGUAGAUUCACAGUUUAUAUGAAUCGAAAACAACCGGAAAAGAAAUUGUAAUAUGAAGUUUGACUCAGGAACUUUGGCAGGCUCCUGCUCACUGAAACGUUCCACUUGUUUUUGUUUCAAUGUAUAGAAUAAGAAUGUUUUUUAGUUUUUUUUAUAUCUGCGACUGUAGCAACAGACUAAGUUUCGUUUGGAUCAAAAGAAGAGACGUGUCCACCCGGUGUGUGUCGUCAUGUGACCGAGUACUGGAAGAGUUUAUCUGUUUUAAAAGAAGGGAAACUUUUCCUCCUUCUGUAACUUGAUCACGUGUUGUGUGUGUGUGUGUGUGUAUGUGUGUGCACAGAACAAAACACACUCUGUAAAUAUCAAAUGAAUAUGACUGUUUCUCCUCAGUUACAUUUUCCUAAGUGUUUUCCGUAAGUGUGACGCUGUCUCCCUUUAGCUCUCGUUCCUCGGUUCAGAGACACUGAAUUUCUAAUAAAUACAAUUUAUCUCUUCAACAUUUCUCCCAAGUUCAUGUUAAAGAGACAUUUCUCUGGAUUGAUUCCGUCUCUAUAUGGUUUAUUUAUCCUUUACCAAAACUGUUUGGAAAUUGAGAAUAAAUGUUACAAUCUCAAAAACAA